AUGUCACAAACACCUCCACAAAUUCCACCCUUUCUCCCAUCCGAAAGUUUUUCUCAUCAUCAAGAACAACAACACAACAUUAUCAUCGACACCGAUCUUGGAACCGAUGAUGUCUUUGCCAUCACCAAUCUGACAGCUGUCACUUUAAAAAAUCCAAAGAUCAAAAUUUGUGCCAUCAGUUUAGUGAAAGGCAUGCAACUUCAUUUGGAUCGGGGAAUUGAUUUAAUUCAACGUAUGCAACUCGUUUCUAAUUUUUUACCUUCGAAUUGUCAUUUAUUUAUGGGAGCCAAUGAGAGAAUUUCCAACAAGGAAAGUUCACAUUGUUUUUCCGAAGCGAAAUGGUUUCAAGAUUAUGACUUUUAUAGAAUUCAUAGAGAUUUGGCAGAUUUAAUGAAAUUACCAAAAGUGGAAGAGAACCAUUCACAGCAACAAUUGAAAGUCAUUUCGGAAAAUGAUUAUGAAAAUGAAAUGUUGAAAUUGUUGGAACAAGCUCCACACGAUUCCUAUUACACAUGGUUCAGUAUUGGCCCAUUAACAAAUUUGGCAAAAUUAUGUAAAAAGAACUCGGAACUUGUGAAAAAGAAACUUAAAAUGGUGGUCAUUAUGGGAGGAGCAUUAUUUGUGCAAGAACCUGUAAAUGAAAAGAAUGGAAGUGAAUGGAACUUUUUCUGCGAUGGAGAGGCUGCAAAAAUAGUGCUGGAAACCUUGUCAGAAAAAAUUCUUUUGUUUGAAUUGUCAGUUGCCAAUUUGAAUGUCGUUUCACAAGAAAAUUUGAAAAUUAUUCAAGACAUCAUUUCCACUCCAUACGAUGACAAGCCAUUACCUCCCAUUGUCAAAAUGAGACAUGACUUAUUAUUGGUGACUCUCGAAUCGACUUCAUAUGACACUUCAACAUCGUGUGUUCUGUUUUGUCCAGAAAUGUUCACAUUCCAACAAGUGAAUAUUCAGGCAUUUGGUCAAGAUCCAUUGGAAGGGGUUAUUCGAUUAGUUGCUGAGGAUAAAGGUGGUGAUAUGAGCAAUCAACAACAGAAAAAUCAAGAAAUUUCUAUUUGGUGUGCCAAAUCCAUUAAUAAGGAAAAGUUCUUUGAAAUUGUGAAGGAAAGGUUAUUAGAUUUUUCGGAAUACUACUGA